UUCAGGUUCAGAAGCUCCCUGCGUGGAAACAAAAAAUCCAUUAGAUGAUACUGUGCAUUAUGCGGAUGAGCUUGUGGAAAUCAAGAAAGAACCAUCUGACCCCACACCAACAUUGGAAAUGUCUGAACUUACAGGGGAUGUGUCUGAACUUACAGGGGAUGUAUCUGAACGUACAGGGGAUGUGUCUGAACGUACAGGGGAUGUGUCUGAACUUACAGGGGAUGUGUCUGAAUCUACAGGGGAUGUGUCUGAACUUAAAGGGAAUAAACAAGAACUAUUCAAGAACACCUCACCAGCGUUUCCUGAACGUAUGGAGGACAGUCCAGAAUUACUCCAAAGCACCCCAGUUCCAGAAACGUUCAAACAUUCAGGGUAUUCACAAGAAUUACUCCAAAACACCUCCAAAUCUGGUGAUAUAAAGCAAUUCAGAUGUGCAUAUCCAGAGUGUGGAAUGAAAUUUAGUCGAAAGUUUAAUUUAAACCGCCACCAUAAAAAAUGUCAUCUUGAAAUUAAGCAAGAAUUACUCCAAAACACUCCAAUAUCUGGAGGAAGAAAGAUUUUGAGAUGUUUAAAUCCUGAGUGUGGAAAGAUAUUCAGUUCAAAGUUUAAUUUAAAACGACAUCUAAAAAGAUUUCAUUCUGAACUUAAGGAAAUCAAUCAAGAAUUAUUCCAAAACACCACAAAAUCUGGAAGAAUAAAGACUUUUAAACAAGAAUUAUCUGAAAACACCUCAGCAGAUCUUCCUGAACUUGUGAAGGACAGUCAGGAACUAUUUCCAAAUACCUUAACCCCAAAAAAGUCUGAACUUUCAGGUGGUAAACAAAAGUUAUUCCAAAACACUGGGAAAUCUAGAAGAAAGGGGAUUUUGAAAUGUGCAAAUCCAAAGUGUGAAAAAAAAUUCAGUUCAAAGUUUAAUUUAAAGCGACACCUAAAAAGAUUUCAUCCUGAACUAAAAGAAAUCAAGCAAGAAUUAUUCCAAAACACCACAACUUCAAAAAAGUCUUCAGGGGAUACUCAAAAAUUAUUCCAAAACACUUUGAAUUCUGGAAAAAUAAUUUUGAGAUGUGCAAAUCCAGAGUGUGGAAAGAAAUUCAGUUCAAAGUUUAAUUUAAAGCGGCACCAAAAAAGAUUCCAUGUUUCUGUUGAUGGCUUUCAUCCUGAGUCUGAAAGGAAAUCCAGUUCCAAGUUCAAUUUGAAUAAACACCAAAAAGGAUUUCCUGUUUGUGAUGAAAUUAUGGGGAGUAGACAAGAAUUAACAAUCAAAAAGUCUGAUAAAAUACUCUGUGAAUUGUGCGCCACACCAAUUUCACAAAUGUCAGGAUAUAGGAAACAUAUGAAAUCCAAGCAUGGGAUGGGCUUAUUUACCUGUGAUAUAUGUAAGAGACAAUUUGUAGGGAAAGGUGCAUUAUCAGAGCAUAUAUCUCUUGUUCAUGUGGGAGUUGACCCUUUCCUGUGUGAACAACCUGACUGUGGGAAGUGCUUCAGUAACGAGUUCUCUUUGAAGCGACACCAAAAAAGAUAUCAUUCUCUGUAUGAUGAGUGCUCCGAUACACCUUUUCACUGUGCAGCACUUAGCUGUGGGAAAAGCUUCAGUACUAGGUUUAAUUUAAACCGCCACCAAAGAAAUCAACAUGGUAUUCAUGAUAUAGAUGAAUAUUCUGAGGCUGUAAAAAAAGAAGAGGAACCUGAAAUAACUGCUGCUGAUGUUGAGUAAAAUGUGUGAAGUAGUGUUAAGUAAGUUGUGUGAUAAAUCCUAUGAAACGACCUACGCACAUGAAAGCCAUACGCACAUUGAAAGCCAUACAUGAAUACUACCAUUGACUUGUGCUAUAUGUCAGAAAACGUCUUGCUGUCAUAAAGGAACGUUAACCUAUGCUAAAAAACUUGCUUUAGAAAAUGUAUUAAAACGUAAAGAAACACUAGUCUCAUGAACAUGGACAUAUUUGCAAAUUCUGUGAAAAUAUGUUUACAUUCAUAAAACUCGGCAAGCUGUGAAAAUGUACAUAAACUGUGGAUAGUUUUGGCCUUAAAUUGUCUUUUAGUCAUUACUUUGUUUCAAAUGAGUACAAAUAUGAAAUAUAGAUUUAAUAAAAAACAAUCUGUCAUGUAUAUGAGUUUUUU